AUGGGGCCCGAGGACAGGGCCAAGUGCUGGUGCCGUGGCCCCGAGCUGGGCCGCGGACGUCUCUCUCCCUGUGGCCACACCGAGGGCCAAGACGGCCGCUGUGCACGGUGCUGGGGAGGCCGGGACCGCGUGGACGGGCAGAUCCUGGGCCAGCUGCGCCCCCUCGCAGAGGAGGAGGAGGCAGGGGAGCCCCGGGCUGGCCCCCCGAGGCCGGCCUUCCCCGGGAUGGGCUCGGAGCAGCUGCGGCUGGCCUCCUUCUCCGCCUGGCCGCUGACCGCCGUGGUGCGGCCUGAGCUGCUGGCCGCGGCGGGCUUCUUCCACACGGGCCAGCAAGACAAAGUGAGGUGCUUCUUCUGCUACGGGGGUCUGCAGAGCUGGGAGCAAGGGGAUGACCCCUGGACGGAGCACGCCAAGUGGUUCCCCAGGUGCCAAUUCCUGCUCCAGACAAAGGGACGGGACUUUGUCUGCAGCGUCCAGGAGGCUUGUUGCCACCUGCUGGGCUCCUGGGACCCAUCAGAAGAACCAGAAGACACGGCCCCUGCCACCCCGUCAGCUCCUGUCCACAUGAGUCCUGAGCUGCCCACGCCCAGAAGGGAGGUCCAGUCCGAAGGGGCCAGGGAGCCAGGAGCCCGGGAUGCAGAGGAGCAGCUGCAACGCCUGCGGGAGGAGCGCGUCUGCAAGGUGUGCCUGGACCGCACCGUGUGCACCGUCUUCGUGCCCUGCGGCCACUUGGUCUGUGCCGAGUGCGCGCCAGCCCUGCAGCUGUGCCCCGUCUGCAGAGCCCCCAUCCACAGCUGCGUGCGUACCUUCCUGCCCUAGCCAGGCGCUUCCAGUGCUGGCUGUCACGCGGGCG